GCCUCUUCGUUACCAGAGACCCAGCUGGUCGUGUUAUUUACACACGCCGAAGGGAAGUGAUCAGUUGCAUAAGUUUCGAAACUAGGAUUUUUCGAGAUAUAAAAGACAUGUUUCGAUACCUUGGAGCACGUGGGUUGUCGCCAUAUACACAGAUUAAGGGGGCAGUAAGAUGGAUGUGUGAUGUGGCAACUAACGCAGGGGAAGCCAGACUUGCAGAGAUCCUCAAGCAACGUUUUCCACAGGCCACUGGUGUUGAAGUUAGAGAUAUAUCAGGUGGCUGUGGAGCAAUGUAUGAAGUAUGGGUCGAAGCCCCCGAUUUCAAAGGCCUUUCUCGAGUAAAGCAGCACAAACUGAUCACCCAGACCUUAAAAUCGGAAAUCCAGGAUAUGCAUGGUCUCCGUAUCAGCACAACAGUACCAGAGGAGUCGUAGCUAUUAGUGUAACUGCAGCUGUUACAUGUUUUACUUAACUCUGUGACAGCCACUUCGAAAGCAGGUCAUGUGAAGAAUCCAAUUUUUUUUUCUCUUUUGGGA